GUCAAAUGAAUUUGGAUGUUUAUGUUUUUAAUGCGUUCAAGACAAACGCAACUAAUACGGCGGAGUCUGGAAAUUACCUCAUCAGUGGAAAAGGCACGGAAAGUACAAAGCAAAACACAAAUGAAGUAACAAGUGAUAGAAAUUCCACAGGACCUGUCACUACAAGCAAUACCACGAACAGCAGUUAUCAAGGCACUGAAAGUACCAAACAAAGAGUAACCGUAUCGCAGAUAUCUACGGCGAAACCACCAAGUACCACAAGCAAUAACACGAAUAGCAGUUACCAGGAGAAGUCGCCAUGUCUUUCCAAAGAGGGGGUGGCAAUCGUUGUUCCAUAUCGGAACAGAGAAGAGCACUUGAGGGUCUUUAUUGAAGAAAUAGUUCCCUUCAUACAGCGCCAGAAUAUUUCUUUUCAUAUCUUCAUUAUUGAACAGAGUCAGAAAGCAGGGUUUAAUCGCGCAAAGCUGUUCAACAUAGGAUUCAAAGAGUCGAAGUCAGUUGGCAACUUUAGCUGCUUCAUUUUCCACGAUGUUGACCUUAUCCCUACAUCUCCGGACAACUACUAUUGCUGUGAAAGUAACCCUAAACACAUGUCCGUCGGCAACGAAAAAUUCAAUUUCAAGUUGCCAUAUGGCGACUACGUGGGAGGUGUUUUAGCGAUGACAACGGAGAGUUUCCUGAAAACAAACGGUUUCUCAAAUGCUUAUUUUGGCUGGGGAGGGGAGGACGAUGAUAUGAAUGUAAGAAUCAAAUCAGCCGGACUAAAGACCGUUCGGCCAUCAAUAAUUGUCGGGCGUUACAAGGCUCUGAGGCAUGUACAAGCGGUUCCUGGACAGGACAGAUUUAAAUUAGUGGAGACUGCUAAACAAAGAAUUACAAGCGAUGGCAUUUACACAUUGAACUACACCUUGUUGGCGAAAAAUACAGACGGACUUACAACGCAUAUCAAAGCGGACAUUGAUGCCACAUAGGAGGAUUAUUAGUAACACCGUUAGUAACUAACGGUGUAUGGGAUAUACAACCUCAGUAAUUUCAUUCCAUACGAGAGCGAAGCUUGAGUAUGGUAUUAAAUUUCUGAGGGUGUAUAUCCAAUACACCGUUAGUUACUAACGGUGUAACGAUUACAUCUCAACCGACUACUCGAUUACUCGGUGGGUAUGGAAAUUACUCGGGUGUAUGGAAAAUACUCCAUGGGCACGUGAACGCUCUAAGCCAAUCAGAUUAGGUAAUUUUUGUAGGAGGUGAGAUAUAACACAAUACCAUAAGGUACAUUGAUGUGUUCUUUUCCAGCAAUACUCUUCAUAACCGAACAUAUUUGGGAUAUUAAUUACAUGUUUGAGUUGCACGAACUCACUCUAAAUUUUAACAAUACAACGUUUACGAUAAGGUUUUAAAACGUAUUGAUUAAUAUAGGAAACAUGACGUCAGGUUAAGAGAACAAAGCAGUGUUUUUUAUUAUUCGUAUGAUUAUUCAAAAGAAAUCGAAUGGCUUUUUGUUUCAAUAAAAUGACAUGUCAUUUACCAAAGCAUAUAUAGAAGCAAAGAACACACCAAUAGAAAAUGUUGUUUUUAAUUGCGAUGUGUCGUAUAAUUUUGCAUUGAAGAACAUAGAAUAAAUUAUGUUUUAAUAUGAAAUAAUGUAUAAUUCGUAUAUAGCAAUGUGUUCCGCGUGGACUCCAUGUGGUAAAUAUAUGGUUAAUUGUCCCCACUAGCUUCAGCGUUAACGGAAAUCUCAUGAAAAACAGCAGAUGCUAUACAAAUAUCAGUGUUCUCUAGUUAUUAAAUGAAACAUGAUACAUCGAAACAAUUUAGGAGCAUCAGGUUCCUCAAACUGAACAAAGCCAUUCGAAGAAAAAAAUGUUAAAAAUAUAUGUUCCUAAAUUGAAAAUCACCAAUGUUUAUCGUUCAAAUGAGUCGCGUUCUGAGAAAACUGGGCAUAAUGCAUGUGCGUUAAGUGUCGUCCCAGAUUUACCUGUGCAGUCUGCUAAGGCUAAUCAGGGACGACACUUUCCGCCUAAAGUGGAUUUUUGCUAAGAAGAGACUUCAUUUAAACGAAAAAUGUCAUAACAGCGGAAGGUGUCACUGGGACGACACUUUACGCAAACGCGUUAUGCCCAGUUUUCUCAGAACACGACUCAAAUUAUAAAGCGUGUGUGAGUUUAUAACGCUUGUCAAUACUUUAGCAAACAAGUGUAUAAACGACAAAAGGCUUUAACUACAUCGAAAAUGAUGUAAACCUGUGUGGUGUUGUGUUAACAAGUAAAGCUGUUGCCUGUAGAGGUCGUGGGGUUGAUCCCAAGGGCAGGCAAUUUUUUAUAUUUGAUAUUUUCUAUUGUUAUGAUAUUUAUUUAAAACUGUUCCAAAUAUUACAUGUUGUGUUAGUUAUAUAUGCUAUGUUUUUAAUACUCAAAUAAGAGAACAAGUGCCUUUUUAAUAUACGACAAGUUGGUGGUGACAAGCGCUUUUUCUGGUCAAAAGUGUUUAUGCUCUAACAAAAUAAUUCAUGAUACAGACGUACCUAUUGAACAUACUUUUUUAAUAAUGUAUGAAAUUACAUGUAUGUUAAGUUGUCCUAUAUGUUAAUGGAUGUUGUAUUUUGCUCACGGUAAACGUUGAAGUUCAGUAUUGUAUUUUAUGCUUAUUGAAUCUUUACUUCCAGUCUUUCAUGUUUUGGUACUGUUUAUACCAAUAUGGGAUUUGAUUUAAUAAUUUAUAUUAGUUACUUAAAUGAUUAAGUCACACAGCCUUCUCUGAUUGCAUAUUUUUUGUUACAUUAAGCAUUUUCUGAUUGCAUUUUUGUAUGA